GUGAUUAGCACUCAGUGAUCUCUACGCGGUGAAAGUAGAACGUUACCUAUCGAAAUGCUGCUCCAAGGCUUACUCCUGUUACUUCCCAUUGCCCAAAUAGCCGGCGACUUCGAGUCCAUCGGCAUUGAACAAGCUCCCUGGCAGGCUUCGGUGGAGAUAAACGGCAAGCAUUACUGCGGCGGAGUGAUCUACAGCGAGUUCAUCAUCCUGACCAUUGCCGAGUGUGUGCGCAAGGCCAGAUUGGAGCUCAUCACGGUGCGGGUGGGAACUAGUCAGAAAACUUCCGGAGGUGACGUGCAGACGGUCAGGAAGAUGAGGCUGCAAGUUCUUGGCCUGCGGCGUAGUGAUGUGGCCUUACUUCAGCUGAGAUACCCGCUGUACUUGGACCAAGAUAUUCAGGCCAUUCACUUGGCCUCCGUACCAUUGAUGACUGGCACAAAUGCCACCGUUACGGGUUGGGGUCACGUCUCUGCCCUGAAUCCAGAAACGGAAGUUCUACUGAGGGUCGAUGUGAAAAUGCAAGAUCGAUUGUUGUGCGCGGCGGAAAAUGUUCUACAGGGCAGACUGGUGAAUAUGGACGAGGUGUGCGCAGCUCCAGCGGGUAAAGUUCCCUAUGUCUGUCGAGGAUUCGUUGGCGCUCCUUUGGUUGCCGAUAAUAAACUGUAUGGCUUGCUUUCCUGGGAAAGUGCCUGUGACGUCAUCAAGGACUCUAGUGUAUAUGCUAAUAUACCUGUGCUUAAAAUGUGGAUCGAUUCCACUGUCAAGCUAAUGAAUAUCUUCAGAAUAGGCUAGGUAUCUAUACUUUUAAGCAUACCCAUGUAAACAUCAACUUUUAAAAUAUACAUCUAUAUCUAAAAUCCCAAGAGAAA